AUGUUGGGACUACAAGACAAAAUGAUUUGUAAGAUUCUCAUCAUCACCACAUACUUGGUCGUAGCAAACUGUGCGUCCAUCGACCAAUCAUCUCUUAACAUCAACCACCUUGUUCCUAAUAAUCCUGCCCCAAUUCAUGAGGAGCAAGCAGAAAAAUCGAGAACUCCACUAUUCAACGAUAAGUACACCCAAAUUGCAAACAAUGGCGCUUACAUAACCCACACUUACCCUGUCUAUUCAACACCGAUUCAUACUUAUCCACAAUAUUCAAUUUCACCAGUGAACGCAUAUACUGCUCCUAUAUAUCACCACGGAGUACCAGUUCUGACUAAGACCUAUUCCACACCAGUUCUAACUAAAGGUCCGGAAGUGUCAUACUCCCCUCACUUAGUCCAGGAUCAUUCUAUUAAAGCUUUGACUUAUUCACAAGCUCCAUUAGUGUCCCAUAUGACAUUCACUGGCCUUGGUACUAAUUACGCCUGGUAA